AUGGCGACUACUCCAUGCCGGCCUCGUCUGCACGGUCGCCGGCACCAGCUGCAGCGGACGGCUCUCCCCGUCAGGACCGGCCAGUGCGAGACGGUGAAGGUGUUGCUGGUGCGACGAGGGAAGUGCACCUUCGUCACAAAGGUCCGCGUCGCCCAGGAGAAAGGAGCUCAUGCAGUGGUCGUGGUCGAUCGGGAGACUUCCAGUAAUACGCCGGAAGACAUCCAGAGCGUGGUCAUGGCCGAUGAUGGAUGGGGCGAUACCGUGCAGAUACCAUCCAUGUUGGUGAGCAAGACGGAGGGGCAGCUCCUCAUCGACGCCGCCAAGCAGGAGACGGUGAUGGUCGAGCUGGACUGGAACAUCCCGCGAGGAAAGGUGGUGCACAUGGACUUCUGGAUGAGCUCUGGCGACAGGUUGGCCAACAAGUUCCUCGAGAAGUUCAAGCCUUAUGCGGUUGCCCUGUCGGAGCACUUGCAGUUUGCGCCGCGCUACGACAUUUUCAAGCCUGACCAAGGCUUGGGCGACUCGCAGCUCUGUGUCGCCGUUGAUUCCGACAGCUUCUGUGCUCCGGACCCGGAUGGGGGCGGCCCCGUCACCGGAGAAGACGUCGUGAACGAAGACCUCCGGCGGCUCUGCCUCUGGAAUGUGACAGCAAGGCGAGGGCAGGCUACCGGAGCGCUCUAUUCUGAGGCCUACUGGCUGUACGUGGUCAACUUCAACCACCGGUGCUCCGUGAGGGCCCACGACCCUGGCCAGCGCUUCGGGGAAGUGUGCUCUCGGAGAGUCAUGCGGGAUGCCGGCAUUAACGACGAGCUCAAUGACCACCUGGCGAAGGUCAGUUACAUCGGCGGCGGCGCCGGCCCCUUAGAGACCUUCCGCAUGGCUGGCAAAGGAGGCGGAGGCGCCUCCAAAGACGGCGGCGAGAAGGGCAAGGACCAAGCCAGGCUUGAAGGUCUUCUGCCUGGCGCCGAAAUGGGCAAGGUGUGCACCAGAUUUCCGCCGGAGCCCAGUGGCUACCUUCACAUCGGCCACGCCAAGGCCGCGAUGAUCAACAAUCACUACGCGCGGCACUACAAGGGCAAGCUGAUCGUGCGGUUCGACGACACCAACCCCAGCAAGGAGAAGAUGGAGUUUGAGGAGAGCAUGAUCAAGGAGCCGCUGAACGGACACGCCUCGGAGACUGGCUCCAGGAGCGUACAGCUUCAGCCGCGCAUGCCAUUCAAGCAGGCACACUGGAUGCCUGUGGCAUUGGCUGGAGGGCUGGGCACAGCAUGGGGCAUGCUGCGAAACAGAGGACGGCCAGCCGAAUGCGAGGACUGGUGGACAGACCCGGAAAACGGCUCCGAUGCAAGUGCGCUGUGGCAGCGGGCAUGGAAUCCCGAUUGGGAUGGGAGGGCACCUCCAUCCGGGGUGGAAGUUAAAACUUCGGGGCAGAUUCGUCAUCUUCUGUUCAUUCGACAUGGACAGUACAACGUUGAUGACGACGCCAAUGAGCUGACUGACCUCGGCCGAGAACAGGCUGCGAAGCUCGGGCAGAGGCUUUUGGCUGAGAGGCUUGGCGUCAAGAAGGAUCGAUAUGGGGAAAUCAAAGUCCGAUAUAGAGGCAUCUGGGUUAGCACGGUCAUCCGAGCGCGGCAGACCGCUGAGAUCUUGUCGGCGUACCUUCCCGAUGUUCCGCUGCACGAGCCGGAGCCUCUUCUGGCAGAAGGGAUGCCGGGUGUGCCACAUCCACCAUCCUUGCUGCCAGCAUCCUACUUCCCCCUGAAGAAAGCCGACUACUGGGUUGAGUCAGCCCGACUGGAGGCAGGAUUUCGGAAGUUCGUCCACCGGGACGUUGAUCACAAGCGACUGGCCGAGAAGCAGGCGAAGAGAGACAAAGCGCUCAAGAAGGAGUUGGGCGAAGGAUACGUGCCGUCCCUGGAAACGAACCAGGACGCCUCGGAGAGUCCCAAGGAGCCAGAGCAUGUCUAUGAAAUCUACGUUUGCCACAUGAACGUGAUCCGCUACUUCGUGAUGAGGGCCUUGCAGCUUCCUCCAGAAGCCUGGCUGCGCCUGAGGGGUGACAACACGGGCGUCACUGAGAUCAUUAUCCACCCCAAUGGGCGCGUCGGAUUGGCGCGCUUUGCAGAUGUUGGACACCUACCCAUUGAGAUGAUGACCUUCCACUGA